AAUGCCGGGUAUCUCUCCUCACGAGCUGUCACGCUGACAGAGGAGAGAAGAGCCAGUAAUCGGCAUUCCUCAGAGGGAACAUCAGUGCCACCUGUCAAAGUCCAUCAGUGCCAGCUCUCAGUGCUCAUCCAUGACACCUGCCAGUGCCUACCAGUACACAUCAAUGCCACAUAUCGUGUCCAUCUGAGCUGCCUUUCAGUGUCACCCAUCAGUGCCACCUAUCAGUGCCAGUCAGUGCUGCCUAUCAGUGUGCAUCAGUGCUGCCUAUCAGUGCCAGUCAGUGCCACCUAUCAG